AUGGCUUCAGCACCUUCGCAACCGCCAGCCAGGCCCCUAUCGCAUUGGGCCGAGCGUUUUGGAACUAUCGAUGGCCACUCCAUUCUGAGCCAGCCCGACCAAGUCCACUCGGGAAGGGCGGCCGAGCACCCUCGCUUGGACCCGAAAUACUAUGACGCCCGGCCUAAGCCAAUUGAAUAUUCAUGGCCCGCUAGCAAUGUCGAGCUCGACAGAUUCUUUUACAGUGAGGCGUGGCAGCGGCAACGACUCUCGGGCCCCAGGUCGUGGGAGUGUGCGCCGCUGAACAGUACCCUCUCCUUCUCUGUCAGAGAACACGCUGGCCAGCAGGUCAUCAUCUCAGGCGGCCAUCGACCGGUGGAUGUGGGCAAGGAAGACGAUCUUAUGAGCUUUUUUGAUUCGGAAAGGUUCGAUAUUGACGAGACGACGUGGCUUUCAUGUUUCCAGAGGACCCGACGGUACGAAAUGCGACAGCUGAAUACCGUGACGGGAAGUUGGUGGACCGUGGACAAUCCUCAGAUCUGGGACGUGCUGAGUGUCUCGCUUGAACUGGCCAACAGGAUCUUGAGGGCACUGAUCACGGACAGACACGAUUGGAUCGAGACCCUCCUCAUCACCGUUGCCAAAUGGUGCAGUAUCUACUUUAAUCUGGCCGUAACGAUGCUGCACGAGCUGAUGCACAAGAUAUUGGAUAGUCGAUACCAUGAUAGUAGCACCUAUGCCAAAUACACAGUGAGUGUCGUGGACACGAAAGAGCCGUUUGUCGACUUUGAAGUCGUUAGAGAGAUCGGGGAUUCGUUCGAAAACGCGGUAUUUGGAGGGUUGCUCGGCGCGAAGCCGGAAGGGGCGCCCAUGGUGAUGAGACUCUCGGAUUGGCCAAACAGGUCAAACACCCAGGACCGUUUGCGUCUCCCGUUCGACCUUCCUUGUUUCCAGAAGGGGUCCAAGCUCGUAAUUUCUCUGGUGCCUGCGAUGUAUGCCUCAAAGCUGCUGUCUCGCGAGUUCUGGAACGACACUAAGACGCCCAACAAGAGCAGUGAUCUCUUCCAGAUGCCAAAGGGCAUGAUUAAGAUGAGAGCAACCAACAAUAGCACCGGCUGCGACUAUAAUGGCAUCACCAUCGAUGAGGAUAUGGCAAAGAAGGGCCCCUACGGCCCCAUUGUGCAGAAGUGGCAGGGGCGGCAGCAGAGGUGGGAGCAGUUUCGCAGACACUGGUACCCGAAAGCUCAUCAGGCCUGGGUGGAGAGCCCGUGGAGUGAUGUAGACGCUCACGAAGCCAUCGACAAGUUCAGCACAGGGUUUGCAAAGAAAGACGAGGCGCGGUGCGCGGAAGCUGCACAACCUCUCACGAACCGAGUUCCUUGGAACGAGAGAGUCAAAUAUCUCAACUCUCCCCCCUUCCCCGGAAAGGCCGGGCGUCAAGCGCCGUGGCUAUUCCAUUGUAUUGGGCUGCUCAUGAGGGCGGCACUGCCCAUCAGAAGCCGCACUAUGUCCGAGGAUAGAGUAUGGGCGAUCAGCGAUGUAUUUUAUAGCUCGGCAAAUGUCAACAACGCAAUAAAUUCUGGGGGCAAAGUUGUAUUUCCGGGGAGUAUAGGGACCGACCAUACCGCUACCUCCGCUUACACCAUCGAGGUCCCGGUAGGGCCGGGAGGAAUGGUGUGGAACAACACCCCAAUGGAAUGGUUGAAUCUGGCAGAGCAGACAUUAGCUGACGUGAGGGCGCGGAACUGCGAGGUGUCGAGUUCAUGGGUUGCGGCCUUGUCAGACGCGCUGAAGAGAACCCGAACGGAUCUCGCCCGGGGAGGGCGUGAUGGGACUAAAUGGGCAACCUUCUGGCCCUUCGUGAUACCAGACUACCUCCCUGAUGAUUGGACGACCUAG